AAGAGACUAGAAAAACUGGUGCAGGACUCACUUCACGUUCCAGUGACAGUUCCGGACGCACAGACGACAUGAGAGGCCUGUGGCUGCUGUUGGUGCUCGUGGCUGCGGCCACAGCUGAUGAGAGGGUCUUCACUGGAGAUAAGGUCAUCAGGGUCAACGCUGAGUCCGAGGAGCAGAUCCAGCUCCUGCAGGCUCUGGAGGCUCAAGAAGAGUUCGAGGUGGAUUUCUGGCUCGAUCCCGUCUCCUCUGAUCUUCCUGUCGACAUCCGUGUGCCCCUCUCCAGUUUGGGUGCUGUGACAUUGUUCCUCAAAUCCCAUGACAUCGACUACUCUGUUCUUAUUGACAACCUCCAGGAUCUUCUGGAUGAGGAGAGAGCUGAGAUGCAGAAGAACCACAUGAAAGAGCGCAUCACCAGGAGCUUCAACUUUGGAGCCUAUCAUACUCUGGAGACUAUCUACAGCUGGAUGGACACUCUGGUGGCUCAGUACCCUAACCUGGUCAGCAAGCAGGAAAUCGGGAAGUCCUACGAGAACAGACCUAUGUACGUUCUCAAGUUCAGCACCGGUGGAAACAAUCGUCCCGCUAUCUGGAUCGACACCGGCAUCCACUCCAGAGAGUGGGUGUCUCAGGCCACCGGAGUGUGGACGGCCAACAAGAUUGCCUCUGAUUACGGCACUGAUGCCUCCCUGACCUCCCUCCUGAAGUCCAUGGACAUCUACAUGCUGCUGCUGGCAAACCCAGAUGGCUACGUGUACUCCCACACCAAUGACCGUAUGUGGCGUAAGACUCGCUCCAUUAACCCAGGCUACUCGUGCCGUGGAGUGGAUCCCAACAGGAACUGGGAUGCUGGCUUUGGUGGCCCCGGCGCCAGCAGCUACCCCUGCUCUGAUUCCUACCGCGGCCCCUCAGCUCACUCUGAGAUCGAAGUGAAGAACGUCGUGAAUCUGAUCAGGAGCCACGGAAACUUCAAGUCCUUCAUCUCCGUCCACGCCUACUCCCAGCUGCUCAUGUACCCUUACGGAUACACCUGUGGAAACGUGCCCCAUCAGGCUGAGCUGGACUCUGUUGGCAGAGCUGCUGUGCAGAAACUCACCUCCCUCUAUGGUACCAGAUACAAGGUCGGAAGCAUCUGCAACAUCAUCUAUCAAGCCAGCGGCGGCAGCAUUGACUGGUCUUACAACCUGGGCAUCAAGUACUCCUUCGCCUUUGAGCUGAGGGACACUGGCCGCUAUGGUUUCAUCCUGCCAGCCAAUCAGAUCAUCCCCACAGCCAGUGAGACCUGGCUCGCCCUGAAACACCUCAUGGAGUACGUCCGUGACCAUCCUUAUUAAGAGCUGCAACUAUGGCGGAAAGCCUUCAAACUAAAUUGAUUGAGUUGGCUUUUAAUUAGCAGAAUGUCCUCAGACUUAAAUAUCACACAAUAAAGUCAUGUUUAUCUGCG